UACCGUACCCCUGUCUUAUGGGUCGUCGAGUUUCUCUGGACAAUGAUUCGGUCGAGUCUGACCGCAGAAUCGCCUGAGGCGACGUGGCCCGCCGUCAGAUACGAGAUUUGGCAUGUUGCACGGCUGUGCCAGAGUCUCUUGGAGCAAGCCCAUCGCGCGAGGGAUCUGACGAGUCGUUGGCGCUCUUUGUCUUUCGACCGAGCACUGCGGCGCUACUCGCUCGGCUACUUUCGGUCAGCCAACGAGGACAUGAAACAGUUUGAGCGCGUUUUUAGCGAACAAGACUACCAAAAGACGAUAUCUUGGCUUUUG